CUCACCCCUACAUUUACUUGUGAUAUGUAUGAUUCGAAACCAAAAAGCAUCUCUACAACACUUGCAAAAAUUUGGAUCCAUUUGACAAUUAUAAAGAAAGAAUAUACUAUAAGACUAGUAUCUUAAAAACAACAGAGUGCAGUUUUUGAUCUCGAGCGUCCACGUCAGCUUUCUUCACCGCCACACGAUCUAUCUACCACCUCCAUUCCCUCCAUAAAUUGAUAGAAAUACCAACCACCAUAAGAGCUAACCCGUCCGUCAAAGUGUCAAACACCUUCUCUCUUUCCGUUCAACUCCGACUGUAUUACCAUGGCUCCACCGCCGUCCCCCACCAGUCUCCAGAUCGAAUCUGUCGUAUUUCCACCAUUCGUCAAGCCUCCUGGUGCAACCACCACUCUGUUCCUCGCCGGCGCAGGUGUGAGAGGUAUGGAAAUCGAAGGUAACUUCGUGAAGUUCACGGGGAUUGGUGUGUAUCUGGAGGAUAAAGCUAUUCCGUCACUCGCCGUUAAGUGGAAGGGAAAAACUGCUGCUGAGUUGACAGAUUCCGUUGAGUUCUUCAGAGACAUUGUUACUGGUCCCUUCGAGAAACUAACUCAAGUCACAAUGAUACUACCAUUAACCGGUAAACAAUACUCUGAAAAGGUCUCUGAAAUGUGCGUUGGUGUUUGGAAAUCAAACGGAACCUACACAGAUGCAGACGCCAUCACCAUUGAUAAGUUUCUAGAGGUUUUCAAGGACCAAAAUUUUCCACCAGACUCUUCUAUUCUCUUCACAACUUCUUCAAUCGGUUCACUUUCGAUCAGCUUCUCGAAAGAUGGCAGUAUACCUGAAGCUCCAAAUGUUGUGUUGGAGAAUGAGAAAUUGGGGCAAGCUGUAAUUGAGUCGGUGAUCGGAAGGUAUGGUGUUUCUCCUGCAACUAAACAAAGUUUGGCGUCAAGACUCUCGGAUUUCAUGGAACAAAUUGAGGGGAAAGCAACUGAAACUGAAAGUAUUGAAUUAGGAAAGAAUGGUUUGUGAAGGGUAUAAUUGGACUUUUAAUAAUAAUGGUGCAGCAAGGAUAAAAUGUAUGUGUUGAUUAACUACGCACGUGAUCUUAAAAUAAAAGUUCAAUGACCUUUUAAUUUUACUUUUGAAUGGGAUUUAAACGUAAACUAGGAUUUUUUGUAUCAAUCUAUUUUGUGAGUUGAAUUUUGACAAUUAUAUUGAUAAAACUUGGGAGCAUUUUGAUUUGUUGGUAGAAAAAUGUACAAGGUUUGUACCAUUGACUAACUCCAAUUUAUACCGUUGAAUGGAAACCUAUUAUAUGUGAUCGA